AUGAAGACGACAGCCGACGGGCACGGUCUAUUCGCUACUGAAACAAUAACAGCAGGCACGCGCAUCAUUCGCGAGAAAGCCCUCUUGGCAAUCUCCCAAGUUGAAACAAAGGCAAACGCUGAGCACAGAUGCGUCAUUGAACAAGCAUCACGGCUGAGUACCGAUCAAAUGACAAGGCUCUUGAGUUUAUAUCACAACCCAAAGAAGCUCAGGGAGUUUUCUUUUCUCAAAGACCAGCUAUGUCCCGGAACCGACAUGGAAUGCAGUCUUGUUCUGGCAAAGUUUUACACCAACGCUGCAAGCAUCACUGCUGGGGGGCUUGAAUGUGGCCUCUUUACCGAGUUCUGCCGAAUGAAUCACUCAUGCACGCCCAACAUAUGCUGGGUCUACGACGAGCCAUCGGCCAUGAUGGAAGUUUACGCCGUGAGAGAUAUCAGCCAAGAUGAGGAGAUUUACAAUUCAUACAUCGAAGUCGCUUGUUCUCGUCAAGCAAGGAUCAAAGAGCUGUCCAACUGGGGAUUCCAUUGCAGCUGUUCCGCAUGUGAGGGACCUGAUGCCGCACAACACGACGAGCGAAGACGUAGGAUUGGACAGAUCAGAGGUAUUCUGGACAUUUACCAAGAUACCAAAAAUGAUAACGACAAGCCCAGAUUUGCCGAGAUCCCAAAGACAGACUUGGAAGCGUUGAAACUCAGCCAGGAAAAUGCAUCAUUGCUUCAACAAGAAGGGUUGAUUGAGCAGUUGGGCGUCUCAUAUGGCUUGUGCGCGAAAUUUGCUAGGGGAGGGGCACUGAACAGUCUCGCUGACGAAUACGAGGAGAAGGAAUUUGACAUAUUGGUGAUAACCACUGGGGAGUACAUAGAAUAG